AUGAAUGGCUUGGCAUGCGGCACGUGGGCACGUGAAGACGUGAAAGAGAACCGUGUGAGAGAGUUGGUCAAGAUGAUGACCCCGUUCUACCAUGCCUUGAUCCGAACUCACCACAUCACCUCCCGCAAAAAGGUUGCCCACCUCCGUAAAGCAGCUCGUGAGUUCGAGGUCUAUGCUCUCCUCCGAAGCGGUGGUUGCCCAGGCAUCAUGUACUGCAAAGGCAGCGAACAAGGUGUGAAGUCCUGGGUGGGAACUGUCCAGAGACUCCGCUACAAAGACUUCCACCUAGCCUCCAAACCAUCCCUUACACUAUCCCCCGAAAACCAAUCCCAAGAACCCACCGGCCUCUUUGAACUCUCCGCAAUCAACGACUUUGCCUCAGCCAUGGAAUCCCGCGGCAUAACCACCUGGUGGAGAAAAGCAAUGGACUUUACCUAA